CUGCCACUAGUGUCUGUGCGAACCGCCCGGAAGCUGAAGUCUCAGGGUGCCUUUCUGCGACUGGAGUUCUCGCUGGAUACCCAACAACAAUGUCGCUGUCGACUGAGGCUCGUCUCGGGGUCCGAUUUAAAGGCGACACCAUCUGUGUGGUGCCCGACCUCUCCUCCGAUCUCCUGGAAGAUGACUUCGACCUGAACAAGUCCUACCCACACACCCGGACACCGCAGAGCAGGCAAAAACUGUUAGCUCUGCAGCGUCGUUAUUAUCCUGGUUCUUUGACGGGAGAACGUUUGGAUGAUGGCGUUUCAGUCGCAACAAGAAACCACCAAAUCUCUAGUUUACACCCUGAGCCCCAAGAUUCUGCUGUCUGGCCGCCACACCCGUCCUCUAUGUCAAAAACAGAAGAAAGCCUGUUCGGUCAACUAAACUCUGGAAACUUUGGCCUGACAGAAUCGCUAUCUGUCCUGAACCCAAACAAAGUCCUUCUUACUGUCAACCAUAAAACCAGAGAGAUUUUGUCAGUGAACGAACAGGCCUGCAAACUGUUUGAGUGCAUCUCCAAUGAGCUGAUUGGACAAAAGCUGGACGGUUUUUUAAAGAAAACCAGUCAGGUCUUGGAACAAGCAUUGGAAGAAGAUUAUCUGCUGGAGGAUGGAACUGUUGCCGCUGUGUCUGGAAAAGUGGUGGAUGUUGUGACGGAAUCUGGAGAGAUGCCGUUUUCAGUGUGCUUUCACAAACCGUCACCUAUUGAAGAGCCAUGGCUUGUCAUGAUGGAGAGCGUAGAGCGGUUCUCAGCAUUUCUCUCCUUUUCACAAGAUGGCAUUGUCCUAACCUGUGACUUGGCAUUCGCACAUCUGCUAGGAUACCACCAUCCUGACGAGUUGAAAGGGGUUUCUGUGAAGGAGCUAAUCCCCUUUUUACAAAUCCCCCUGCACACUCAUGCAUUGCCCAAAAUGCUAAAGGUUCAGAGACGGUACGGUAAAAGCCGAGGGGGUGCAUUAGUUCCGCUGUGUAUCAAAAUUCAGGGGGCUGUCUUAUGUGGAAAACCCCAAGACAACAAAACUGGUUUCACCUGCCCAUCAGAUAGCCUUGAAAGCUCUGAUGUACAAGACAAGCAGCCUUGCUCCCCUCUCACCUCCCCUGUGUGUAAGACAGAAGCCUCACACUCGCAUGGAAAAGACCCAUCUUCUGGAGUCCAAAUGGACGCCAGGGUCCUCUCCCAAAGCCCUGCGCUGGAGUACUCUGGAACCGUCUGGGUGUUUGCUCCUCUGAGCGGUCUCCUCCUGCUCCGCCCUGAUGGCUCCAUCUGCAGCAUUCACGACCACCUGGCCCUCAGUUUGUUUGGCUACAGCAGGGACGAGUUGCUAGGAAAGAGUGUCACUUUCCUGAUGCCGGGUUUCUAUGGAUGGAUGUCUGACACAGACAGAAAGACCUGUCCAUUCUCCAAUUCUGAGGCAGAGGCUUGUAAAAGUGCAGCCUCAUCCAAAAUAUCAGGAAAAUAUGAUCCGUCCUCACUGGUGGCGGGCGAUAUGGCCACGGUGCAUCAAGCUAUCUUGGAAAGAACCUCGUCAGGCAGAGGCAGGAUCUUCACUGGGACCGGCACCAGACUGGAGAAACAGGCCGGCGCGUUGUCAACUCUCUCCCCCCCUGCAGUCACAUCUACACGUGUGGUUAUGGCCGACGACACAACAGAGCUGAUGGAGGAGGCAGCCGGGGUUGCUCCCUGCAUGAGUCAGCUGGACAGUGCAGACACCACUCAGGCUCUCCUCAAGACAUUUGCCUGGGUGGAUCCUCCAGUAGAAGAAGGCACCUUCUGCCUUAUUCUCCCCGAACCAUCACAGAACGAGGCAAAACGGGUGCUCUGCAAUGGGGUUCAGAAAAAUAACCAACCUGCCAUUGAGAUUAUCCCAGACACUCCCACUCAGAGAGAACAUGCUGUUGGCAAGGGAGUUGGCACCUCCCCUAAUAAAGAAAAAAAACACCAAUCAUGUGCCUCUGUCCUCCAGGACUCCAGCUAUGAGGUCAUUUCACUGGAGAGCAGGUCUUCUUCUGGCUUCUGUGAAACAUUUGCUGGUAAUGGUGGAUCUGACCCAGCCCAAGCAGAGGAGUCUCAUGCAGCACAAGUAGAGGACUCAGCCAGUUACUUCCUGGACCUCAACAGUAAUGGUGAUCUGGUGACCCGGGCUCUGGCCGAUCUGAAUCUGAGCAGUAGUAUUGAGUUGCUCAGUGGCGGAGAAUAUGGCAAUACCAACCAACACUCCAUGAUAUCCUGCGAUACAACCGAGCUCCUGCGGACACCCUCUCCAUGCGAGGUACAGUUUGACCAAGAGGCGGAGCCUGUUGAGACUAAAGAAGCUGCUGUGGUGGCCAGAAAUGGUUCAGCUGAAGAACUACAAAAGGAGCCAUGCGAGCAGGAACAGUGGGCAGCUUUGUCUUUAAUCAAUACCGGAAAGAGUGCGGAGUUCCCCGUACAAAGGAAUGGUGGGAGUCAGUCAGUGAGAGACACUCCUUCCACAUCUACACCUAAAAAACCGAAAGUUAACGGACACUCCCCGUCGUCAGACGCUACAGAGAUACUGGAGGGUCGAUUUGAAGGAAGUGCCUACCACAGAGAUGGCACAAGAGUAGACGUGCAAUGUGAGGUGUGCAGGACAGACCUCCCUGAUGGAAGCUCUAUGUUCUGUGUUUGGAUGAGUAGACCUGGCCAGCAGGGGACGAUGUCGCAGCACAACCAAUCAGGAGUCAGUCUCGGAGAGAGGAUUGGUGAUGCAUUACGCUCCACCAUGGACUUGGAGCACUCUCGAGCCUGUGAAGGACAGUUUGAAGAGGAGUACCAGCCAAUUAAAGGUGUGGGUAAAGGAGCCUUUGGUUUUGUCUGGAAGGCAGUAAGACACAGUGAUGGGCAAGAAGUGGUGGUGAAGUUCAUCGGUAAAUCCAGGAUAGUGAGUGACUGCUGGUUAGACGACCCCAUGCUGGGGCGAGUCAGCCAAGAGAUUGCCAUACUGACACGAGUGCAACACCACAAUAUUGUCAAGGUGCUGGAGGUGUUUGAGAACGAGAGCUACUUCCAGAUGGUGAUGGAGAAACACGGAGAAGGUCUGGACCUUUUUGAAUUCAUUGACAUGCAGCCGAGGUUAGAUGAGCCCCUGGCUAGCUACAUCUUUAGACAGCUGGUGGCUGCUGUCUUCUACCUGAGGGCUAAGAACAUCCUUCACAGGGACAUAAAAGACGAGAACAUCAUCAUCGACCACUGUUUCCACAUUCGACUGAUAGACUUUGGCUCUGCUGCCAUGAUGGCUCCAGGGAAGCUCUUUUACAAUUUCUGUGGCACAUUGGAGUACUGCUCCCCAGAGGUGCUUCAGGGAAAUCCCUAUGAGGGUCCAGAGCUGGAGAUGUGGUCACUGGGGGUUAUGCUCUACACUCUGCUCUUCAGUGAGAACCCCUUCUGUGAUGUGGGUGAGAUCCUUGGAGCCAAACUCAAGCCCCCUUUCCCCCUCUCUGCAGAUCUCAAAGGUAUGCUAGAUGGGCUGCUGCACCCUGACCCUGUUCAGAGGAUGGUUCUGGAUCAGCUAUUGCUGCAGCCCUGGAUCAGCCAGCCCAUUUCCCUGUCAGAGUACAGCUGGAAAGAGGUGCUUCCUGGAACUCAGAGCUUUUGUUCGCCACAGCAACAAGAGUCUAGCCCUGUCGUUUACAAUAGACCAGGCUUGUUCCCAGAUUGUGGUGACAAAACUCUCUCUAGUGAUGAGGAGGAGGAAGAUGAGGAUGAGAGGUUGUCAAUGGUGGCCCUGGAGACUGAGCUCCAGAAAUACCUCUGUGACAACUAAAGACUAAGAUAUGGAAAAACAGGAAUUGUUUUCUAGCACAAGGACAUUGACAAAUACUACUGUCUUGAACUGAGUCUUCUGUAGACAAGGAGAGACCCUGCCUUCAUGAAACACACACCGUAAUGAGCAUCAUUGUCAAAAAGAAAUUUUGCAAAAAUUGUAAUAGCAAAGUGCAAUACAGUCUUGGACACGCCAAUGUUUUUUAAUUUUUUAUUUAAAGCAUUUUAUUUAUUCUUUAGCUUUAGGGAAUAUUUAAUCAAAAUCACAGUAAUGAUUCACAGGGAUCCAGCGUUUCCACCAAAACCAAAGUCUAUUCUGUCCAUGAUUUUAAAAUGUUUAAUUAAAAUUGUAAGUAUAUUUACAAUAGUUUUAUCUAUUUUGUACCUGAAUAAAUAUUUUACCACAAGCUUGUUUUUCACACUAAUAAUCAAAUUGAUUAUCUAAAGCUAACCAGAAUGUCUUUUGUUUUUAUUUGUCUUGCAUACGUUGUAAAUUUAUUUUAAAUAUAUAACAGUAAACUCUAAAUGAUUCUGAAAUUACUUUAUUUGUAUGUUGCUAUUUCUAUUCAAGAAAACAGGAAAUAACGUGUGCACUUGGUAAAUAGAGCUCGUGGAUUUUGUUUAAAUUGUAAACUAUAAUUGUACUUUGUAUUGUCGUUAGUGGAAAAAAAAUAAUUUCAAUGAUAUUCUUAUUCAGCGUACAUGUAAUAGGUUGAAGUUAUUUUGUGAACUACGAUAUCUAUUAUCU